CACCAAGAGGAUAUCAUGAGUUAGAUACAGAGGAAGAGUUUGUCACAGCACCAGUGUAUGACCAGCAACUUGAAGAUUUGGAGAAUCAGUCAUCUGAUGAUGAGAGUUACUGUGUUAGGGAUGACUGUGAUGGAGUUAUAGUGGAAGAUUAAUAUCAAAGUACAAGCUAGGGAAUUGGCUACAGCUUUUUAUGGUAUAAUUUGUGUUGUUGUGUUGCAGGAAGUCAUGGUUACUACGAGAGGAGGAGAAAAUCUCCGCCGCAGCAACCGGCAGGCGGGAAAAGGCUGGAGUUCUCUUGUUACCAAGAAAAUCACCAAGAAGCCAAAGAAAAAGAGUGUUGAAAAGUUGGUUAAAGAAAAGUCAGCUAAUCAGGUUGAGGAACAAGUAGUUGAUGAAAGUCACAAAGAGAAAGAGAAAGAAAUGGAUGAAAGAGGAAAAGAUGAUACUGUGCAAAUGGAUGAAGGGAGAAUAGUAGAUGAGGAAGAAGAGGUUGUAGAAUCUGAAGGAGAAAAGGAAGCUGCAGAAGACAUGCCUGUAGAAUCUGAAGGAGAAAAGGAAGCUGCAGAAGACAUGCCUGUAGAAUCUCAAGGAGAAAAGGAAGCUGCAGAAGACAUGCCUGUAGAAUCUGAAGGAGAAGAGGAAGAUGCAGAAGAACUGCCUGUAGAGUCUACUGAAUGUGACAAAGAGAAUGCUGGAGAUGAUACACAAGUUGCUCCCCAGUCUAUUGAAGGUGACACUGUAAAUGCUUCGAAUGGAGGAGACUCAGCCAAGACCACCAAGAGAACAAGGGGCAAGACCAGGAUGCGUAAACUGGCUAAAGACGAGGAUGCCAAGCUUGAGGUGGAUUUUUCAUGUCUUGGUGAACAUUCUGGAGCUGGCUCAACUACACUUUCAUCGUUUCUUGGUGUUUUGGUGAAAGAGCAUGUUUCUGUACUACUCAAUGACUGGAGAAAACUCGAUCAACAAACAAAGGACAUAAUGUGGGAGGAAAUUCAGGGGAGGUUUAAAGUACAGGAAGAGUGGCAAAAAUAUUCUCUUUUUAAGCAGAUGAAUUGUAUAUGGAGGUCAGCUAAAUCUAUUCUUGUGGGCGAAGUUCGAGCUGCGAGCAGUCACGCAGAACGAUUAGCGCUUAAACCAAGCAACAUCCCAUCUGUAACCCAAUGGAAUAAAUGGGUGAAGAGCAAGCUUAGUACAAAAUCUAAGGUGCAGUCUUGAUUUUUUGUUUGUUUAUGUCUUUGAUACAUGUAUUUUCUAUACAUAUAUAGUAAAUGUGGAUAUCGUUGUGGAUUAAUUUUGCAGGAGAAAAGUGAAAUAAUGAGGAAGCUGAGAAAUUCUCAGAUUCCACAGACAACUAGCCGCAAAGGAAUGUUUCGUCUGGGAGAAGAGAUGGUAAAUUCUGUUUCUCUUUAGUUAUAUAAGAAGCAUAAGUCAUGUUACUCAUAUUAGGACUGCUUGUAGAAAAAGAAGAGUUCAGACCCUUCUAAGGUUACUAGAAGUAAGAUAUGGAUAGAAGGACAU